UGUGUGCUUCAUUCGCUCUACGAGAGCUCACGCCUUUUUAUAAUUAAAACACAAUUCCAAUCAGUUGAGUGCGUAAUAAAGAAGGCACAACUCGCAAUCUCGUAAAUGUAAGACAAGCGUUCUUCAGUUGGAGCAUCUCUUGGCCACCGUGAUUGUUGGAUUUCCGUGUGAUAAGAUUGGGAUCUUGAGGAAUUUCGUGUGUUGAUUUAUUUCUCUGUUUUUUCCGUGUCUGUGCCUGUGUGCGUGCUUUACAUGUUUUCAGUCGCCAGAUGUGUUGUCCGCGCAAAUCGUGGCACAGGUGAUGACUUCACCGAGCCCCUGUCCGUCGUCCUGUGAUCGUGUCCCCCGCAAAGGCGCCCCAAUGCGCCCCGCUUAGCGGAAAAGAGCGCCCAGUCACCCGCAGAUUCGGCCCAGAGACGCGCCCGGACAGGAUGGACGUGGAAUCGGAUGAGUCUGAGCGAUGGGAAGACUUCUUCGGGAGUUCCACGGAUUUGGCGCCGUCGGUGAUCGGCUACUAUGACCGUCUCUCAACGGAGAUAUCGAGUGGUGUGGUGAUAGCCGAUGGUCAGGUGCCCAGGCAUCCGGAGAAGCCCAAGAAGCCACCUCAGCUGCUGCCGCGACCGCCGCAAACCCUUCCGCAGAGCGCAGUUUCACCGCGGAAGCAGUUCCAUGUGCUCUCGCCGACUGUACAGCGUCUGAUUGCGUCGCAUGGCGGUGAGAAGGUGUCAGGGGAUCAGCUGCGACUGCGGAAGCCAGUGCCACCGCAGAAGCCAGUGCUGAGACACUGUCAGCUGCAGAUUCCGCUCUCGAGGAACACAUGCAAGCUCUCGGCGCAGUCCGGCAGUGAGCUCGUGGACACGUACGAGUCCUCGAGGCAGGCCGUAGAGGAGGCCGAAGAGCAGGACCGCCACCGGAAGAGUCUCUCCUCGUCCAACGAGGAGCUGAAGACGCCCACGAACGAUCAGGAGCAGUUUAACUAUCAAGAAGGAAGAGUAAAGUGUCUAGUGCAGCGGCUGCAAAGCCCAACAGCCGAAGAGCCCGACGGGCUGGUGAAGGACAGCCCGGAAACGGGAGGAGACAGUGAUGAGACAACGGUGAAGUCAUCGCCAAUGGAAACGUGCAAUUUCUUCGUGAAACUCCCGCCCGACGUGCAGGAAGAGAUCGACAAGUGUCGAGCUUCCACGAGGAUCUCCAGUCCGGAUGCGAAAGGAAGCUACUCCCGGACGAAACUCCUCGCCAACAGACCUCUGCCCGGAUCUCCGAAACUGUCGGAGAAGAAGAGCUCGGAGAGUCCGGAGAAAGGCAAUGGCUUGAGACCUCUGUCAGGCUCCUCGAUCUACUCUCUGUCCUCCACGUCGUCCAGCUCUGGCGAGGAGAUUCAGGCGGUUAAGCUGGGCGCCGCCACUUCAUACCUGGCCAGCGUGGAGAGCCUGGCGGAUCACAGUGAUACCGAUGGCAUAUCGGCCUUCGGCUCCGGACUGACGAUGUGCGAACGCGCCGUGAUGGAGAUCAUCGACUCCGAGCGAUGCUAUGUUGAGGAUCUUGGCCAGGUGAUCCGGGGUUAUCUGGAUGAUUGGAAGGAGCGCGCCUGUCUGAGUCUCGACGAUCUCACGGUUCUCUUCAGCAACAUUCGCGAAAUCUACAAAUUCAACACUUUCCUGCUGGAGAGCCUGAAGUCCGCUGGACGCGAUCCUGUGGGCAUUGCGAAGUGCUUCAUUGAGCUGAACGACAAAUUCGCAGUCUACACGACUUACUGCACGAGCUAUCCCAAUGCCAUCUCCUUGCUCACGUCGCUGCUCCAGGCGAGCCACACUAACGCCCUGCUCACGUCCACGCAGAAGCUGCUGCAGCACAACUUGCCGCUGGGAUCGUAUCUGCUGAAGCCCGUGCAGCGGAUCCUCAAGUACCAUCUUCUGCUCGAUAACCUGCGGAAACAUUGUGAUGUUGCCGAGGUGGCUCAAGCACAUGAACUCAUGCGUGAAGUGGCCAGGAAUAUCGAUCAAGUGAAGAGGAAUCUGGAGCAGCAGAGCCGCGUGAAGGAGUUGUCGGGCAUUCUGGAUGGGUGGCUGGGGCCAGAGCUCACGGUUCUCGGCGAGCUGCGCCAGGAGGGAAUGUUGAUGGAGAACAGCAAACUACGUGCAGUAUUUCUCUUCGAGACAAUGUUGAUCAUCACGAAGCCAAAGGAGGACAAUCGACUGCAAUUUAAGAUGUACAUAAAGAGACAAGACAUCAUGCUUGUGGAACACUUGCCGGGUGAGCCGACAAGCUUCAAUGUGAUCCCAGUGAAUGAUCCUCGCCAUCAGAUCAAACUGACGGCGAAGAAUCGCGAACAGAAGCGCGUUUGGGCGCAACACAUCAAGUCCGUGAUGCUGGAAGACCUCAACAUACCGAAUCGCGCUAAGGAGCUCGUCUUCAAGUUGGGCGACGAAGAAGAUCGGACGCCAGAUAAGGGCGUUGGGCGCAAGUGGAGUCAGUCAUCGACGCCGGAGUAUCUGGAGAGGCGGAAUCAGUACAGAAGAAGCGAGAUGCGCUAUCGCUCGAAGAAGGCGCGCAAGAACAUGACCUCCAGCGCCUCGAUGGAGGGCCUGGGCAGCGGCAAGGUGCGCGCCGAGUCGCCGCGGCGCGUGCGCUCCAAGGAGUCGCUGGUGGUGCCGAAGGGCAAGUGUGAUCAUCGCGAUGAGAACUGCAAUUGUGCCGUGGUGAAGAGUCAGCUGACGGACACGCUGAAGAGUCGCGAGCGGAGUCAAUCGGUGGAGAAGCUGAGCAGCGACAAGAGGCCGGAAGACGGCUCAGAGAUGACGAGACAGAAGAAGUAUUCGACGCUCGAUGGCACGCGGAAGCAAAGCGCGCCGCCGGUGGAGAUUAAGGUGUACACAACGAAGACACUCCCAACGAGAAUUGUGAAUAUCAAGAAGAACAAGGCCAAGGCGGCUAAGGAGACCAGCAAGUUCUAUUGUGAUCUCACGAAUGACGAGCCGACAGUGCUGCGAAUAACAGAAUCCACGGAGAAGUUGAAUGAGGCUGAGGAGAAGGUGGACGCGACGAAAGAGGAGCUGGCGAAGAAUGAUGCGGAAAUCAUUUCGGAUCUGCUGAAGGACAGCGAUGAGUACAAGAGGAUCAUGAAGGUGAAGAUUCACAAGCAGAAGAGUGUGGACAACAAGGCGGACACGGAUUCGCCCAUGACUUCAUCGGCAGCUCCCUCGUCGUCCUCCUCGACGUCGUCCAUCGAGAAGGCGGACAAACCCACCGAAGAGCCCCUCAAGAGUCAGGCAGAGAAGAUGCUGGAUCGGCUGAAGAGCAUCGAGAGCGAUAUUCAGUGUCCGGAGCCCAUUUAUGAGUCUCUGCUGAGGAAUGUUCAUGUGCCCUACAAAUCGCCCAUCGGCCUCAAUCGGUCGGUGAGUCAGAACUACUCGCCCAAGAAGAAGUCAGCGCGUCCGGAGUCUGACUACGUGACGCUGGUGUAUUCCGGCGGCGAGCUGCAGAGUGUCGAUGGCUUCAAUGUGAAGUCGCUGCAGCAAUCAGAGCUGUUGCGCAACAGCGACUCGAAUAUCAACUACAACAAGGGCAAAGAGGGCAAGGCUGAGGAUGCUCAAGAGGCUGAACAGGAUGCAGAGAAGGAGGGCAAUUUCGAGCGCAGAGGCAGCCUGAGAUCAUCCAAAAGUACCUUCUUGCAGAGAUUUAUGAGUGUUCGUCUGGAUGACUCGAUGGACUCCACGAGUUCCAUUCCGAAGUGCGUGAAGAAGAGCGAAAUCACGCAGAGUUUCAUCCACAAGCAAGGCAGCGAGAGUUUGGGAUCAAGGAUUGCGCAUGUUGACUAUGCGGAUCCCAAAACGCUCUUCAUUCCCGCAUCGCAGGGCAGCGGAGAUUCAUCGGCGUCGGUGAAAACGCAGAGAGAUUCCGUCUUUUCCCUCACCUCGUCCAAUGACAGCGUGAACGACUCGAAGAAUGGGCAGUUGAAGUCUCCGGAGAUCACAGAGGCGCCGGCUUCGCCCAGUCUGGACGAUGAGUACUACUAUGAGCAGAAAGUGGAGGCUUGUCUGGAGAACGACGGCUUCUUCAGGGAUUCCGCCAUCUACAGCGACGACAACGAGCGCCGGGGCGACUUUGUGGAGGAGAAGACCUCCACGCGAUGCCUGGUGGCAGAGCAAAAGAAGAGACUGUCGGAGAUCGUGACGCAAUCGCAGACAAUCACCGAGGAGACGCACAAUGGCGUGACAACGAGGACGACAACGAAGAAUUGGGUGAUGCAGCAGAUAAAGAACUUCGAUGGUAACAAUACGCACAACUAAUGGGACUAAAGAAUCCAGUUCUUCCUGCAAACUUCCCGCAAAACACACACUGUAACAACAUUAUGUCCAAAUAGUCGUCAUUUUUCUGCAAGAAAAAUGGGAAAAUCUUCUAGUUUUUAGCAUAGGUUGAAACUUGAUGCGCAUGAGAGUUUUGUUCAGAUAACGUUAAACUUAGGUAAAUUUUACUCUAGAUAAAUAAAGUGAAACUAACAAAUAUCACGAGCUUAGCUUGAACUCUACAACAGUCUCUAUUCGUAUUAUGUAUUUUACUUAGUAGAAACAAGGUAUUCUACACGGAUUUUAUCCAUAUUAACUUGUCUUUUGUAUUGUGGAUGCCAUAAAGAAAUCUAGUGUAAUCAUGCGAUGAUGAGCGGAAGUAAAGUGUUGAC